CCCAGACCGCCCUUCCCCCGACGCCCCCCCUUCCUCACUGGGCAUCCGCGCCGGAUCCCGGGGGAGGCGGACCGGACCCGGUGGGGAGACCGGAGCCUGACGCCGACUGUUCGGUGCCCGCAGCGGCCAGGGCCAUGGGCACUCCGGCCUCGGUGGUAAGCGACUCUCCGGCACGGGCGGCGCCCGCAGCCCGCGCCCGUAAGCGGGCCUCGGCCAACAUCUUCCAGGGCGUGGGGCUGCGAGAGCUGCGGAGCCUGUUCCGGAGCGGCGGGGCCGAGCGGCCCGCGGAGCGAGCCCGCCUCGUCUGGCGGUACGCUGGCCAGCGGCGCAUGGCGCGGGCCCUGCGGCGGCUUCGGCGACGGCGAACAGCCCAGCCCGGCGGUGGGAUGGCAGCGCUACGGCGCUUCAAGCAACUUCGGAUCGCAGAGAAGCUGGAGGGUGACUGCGGCGCCGACACGGGCUCAGGGUCCAUGUAGUAGCGCUGAGCAGCUGAGCCGUCGAGAGCAGCUCUCAAAGGACCCCUAAGUGUACUGGGCAGGGUGCAAUGAAUGCUUAAUAAAGGGUGGACAGUGGUGGCUUGGGUGAGGCUCUGGUUGCGUCCUGCCCAUCCCUAAGUGGCAGAACUGUUGUCCAGGCUGGUGUAUGGCACCUAGUGAAAGGGGAACAGCCUCACACCACGGGUCAGGUGGGAAUAGACCUGUGGGUCAUCUGUUCCAACCUCCGUGCUUAAGCAGGGUCAUCCUAGAGCAGAUGUCAAAGGAUUGCAUCCAGAUGGUUCUUGAAUAUCUCUUGGGAGGGAGACUCCAUAGCCUCUGGGCAAUCUGUUCCAGUGCACAGUCACACAGUAACAUCCCUGGCACAGUCACAAGGACAACUGAGGAACAAGCUACAUGCUGCCCUUCAUGAGAAGGAAUGCUUGGAAGAGAUAACAGAUGCUCCAGGAAAAGAUUUCUCUGCUGGAAGACCAGCUGGAGGAGUGUAGCACUCAGGAGAAUGGAGAAGUCAUGGGGGAUAUUCCUAAGCUGGAAGAGCUGAUGCAGGAGGUAUCCAGCCUCACUGCCAAAAGAGCAAAGCUCGAGGCCAUGGUCCUGUGGCUGAAGGAGGAAAAGCAACUGCAGGAAGCAGUCCUGAAGUCUGAAUGUGGCCACUCCGAGAAGAAGUGGCAGCUGGACAGCCUCAAUUCCAGCUUCCAGAGCUUCCUCUCCAAGACCCAUUGAACCCAGGAGAGACUGGAGCAGGACCUGCAGACACAGGAUGCCAAGGGACAGCCUGGACAGCUGGUUGUCCUCAAUGCUCAGCAUGAGCAGACAGGAAAGGGACUCUGUCCUGCAGCAGCUCCAGCAGUUGCAGACUAGUGUGUCCCU